ACUCGCUACAUCUGUUUAUUUUCUCAUUGAAUUGUACAAUGUUCUGCAAACAUUUAGAAACACCGGCUAUCUGUCAUGUGGCCCGCCAGUGAUAAGACUCGAUGCCGUAAAUGGAAGAAUUGUCACAGAUACCAGACGGCAAUCCUACAAAAACGUUAUCUUUGAAACAUUGAAAGAUAUCAACCAUCAGUAAAUAGUUCUGAUAAUCAAAAGUUUAUGAAAGUCGGUGUAAUACUUUGAAAUCAUGGAUUUAUCGGACACCAGUUCGCAUGUCCUUACAACGAAAUCGAUUUCCGUGUGCAAUUUAUGAACUCGACACGAAACCAUAUAAAAGACAGUGGCCCAUGUGUUGUGCUGUUCAGGUCGAGAGUCGAAGCGUCCAAAAGAAUAAUUUACGGAUGCUUGGAUUCAAACGGCAGAGUGAUAUGUUCUCCCGGGUACGUGUGCGUUAAGGGCAUGAAGACACUGUGCGACCCACCGGACAUGCACCCGAAGUGCCACUGUGAGAGAGACAAGGUUGUUGGGUGUGAAGAUUUAGUUGGAAACAUAAUCUGCAAAGACGACCAGAAGUGCUUAGAUGCGAAGUUAAAGGAGUGCUUCAGAACAAGGAGCACAAGUUGUGGCUGUCGGGCUCCCCCACUGGCCAUUACGGACGACUAUGACAAUGACAACGACUUCGGGGACUCUCAAGGUUGUAAGGUGUAUAUUGACGAUAAGCCGGUGUUCGUGCCGUAUGAUGCAAGGAAUUGGAAAGUGCCGAAGUCUUGCUAUAUGUGUAGCUGUCUCAACAAAGUUGGUCUGGGGUACGAGUCGGACUGCAAGAAAGUUGACGAUUGUGUCGAUUUUCUGCAUGGCGGUUAGAAUACUUGCAGAGGUCACCUGAGCUUCCAAGAAAAAAAGACAUACGAAUAAGUUGGCAACACAAAUACAUUUCUUGAUUUAAAAAUAUACACAUGACUGUAUUGCUUUUUUAGGCAUCAAUAGCGAAUAAUAAACGUAACACACAA